AUGCAGCGGGGCCCGCGAAGGCUGCCGGGAGCGGCCGUGGCGCAGCAGCCCGGAGCCAAGGACACGUGGAGCGGAGAGAGGGGCUCUGCUUCCGGGUACCCCGGCGGUUGCCAUGGCGGCCCUCCUUCCGGGGCGGGGGCGGGUCUCUCCUUCCGCCCUUCCUUCCUUCCUUCCUUCCGCAGGGGCAGCAUGGCCCGCGAGCGGCGGCGGCGAGCGCCCGAGGGGCCCCGGCCGCACGAGAGAGUCCCGCGGCGGGCGGCGGGCCGGAAGCCCCCGGCGGGCCGGGCCGUGGCGCUGGGGCUGGCGGCGGCGGCGGCGGCGGCGGGCUGGCUGUUGUGGUGGGGCGGCUGGGGCCUGCCGGCCCUGGCCCUGACGCCGCACCCGGCCGGCCGCCUCCUGCCCGCCAACAGCAGCGCCGCCGCCGCCGCGCCCGGCCUCUUCUGGGGCUCCUACCGGCCCCACGUCUACCUCGGCAUGAAGACGCGCAGCCCGCAAGCCCCGGUCGCAGGCCUGAUGUGGAUGCUCCCGUCGGAGGGGGAGGUCCGGCUGCGGCACACCUGCGAGCAGAGCGACCACCUGGCCCGCUACGGCUGGCUGCUUCACGACGGGGUCCACUUCGGGGUGCAGGAGAUCCGCGACGGGGGCCUCAGCCUGCGCACAGAGUUCGUGAAGCGGCCCGGAGGCGGGCACGGGGGCGACUGGAGCUGGAGGGUCACUGCGCGGCCAGAGAGAACUGCUGGGAACCCGCCCGCCUUCAUUUCCCUGCUCUUCUAUGUGGCAACAGAUGGGCAAGGGACGCUGCAGCCCGUGGUGGUGGAGAAGAACCGCAUGGCCUCCCUCACAGGCACAACGGAAGAGCUGGGGGACUUCACCAUCACUUUCCAGCAGCCCACCAAGGAGGCUGGCACAGCCCCUCUCUAUGCCAGCUACAACUACCUCCAGGCGAAGGCGGAGGGCCUACACCGCUUGACUGAUGUGGUGAAAGCCAGCCUCAGUCCCCGCUUUGUGUACGCGCCACCAGGGGCCCCCAAGCGCCGCUAUGCUGGUGUGGACACUUACCGGGGGUCUCCCGAGGGGAGAGAGCCUCGGAGCCAGCUACUGGUUCACCAGGUGACUGUGGCCCUGCCCUGCCAACUGGAGGUGGUCUUUGAGUCGGGCAGCGUUGCUGACCGUGCCGGGCAUCUGGCGGGGAAGGUGCUGACGCAAGAGCUGGCCGGCCACGUGGCGGCCUUUGAGCAGCGCUUCGAGAGGACUUUUGGGUUGGCCCGCAAGGGCUUCUCUGCGCAGGAGCAGGACUUUGCCAAGGCCGCCUUUAGCAACAUGCUGGGUGGGAUGGGCUACUUCUAUGGGCACUCGCUGGUGCAGUCUCCCCACAGCGAGCUCCCGCAGCCCUACCCGGAGGGUCCCCUCUUCACCGCGGUGCCAUCACGCUCCUUCUUCCCGCGGGGCUUCCUGUGGGACGAAGGCUUCCACCAGCUGCUGCUGAGCCGCUGGGAUCCAGCCCUGAGCCAGGAGGUGCUGGCACAUUGGUUUGACCUCAUGAACGCCGAAGGCUGGAUACCUCGUGAGCAGAUCCUGGGUGACGAGGCCCGCACCAAGGUGCCUGCAGAGUUUGUGGUGCAGCACAGCAGUGCGGGGAACCCCCCCACAUUCUUCUUGGUGCUACAGCAGCUCCUGGCCCAGGAUGCAGCUGACGUGCCUUACCUGCGACGCCUCUACCCUCGCUUACAGAGCUGGUACGACUGGUACAACCGCACCCAGGCCGGACCACUGCCCUACACCUUCCGGUGGCGUGGGCGUGACCAGGACACGCAGACGUUCCUCAACCCAAAGACUUUGACCUCGGGGCUGGAUGAUUAUCCAAGGGCCUCGCACCCGUCGCCAGACGAGCGCCAUCUGGACCUGCGCUGCUGGAUGGCGCUGGCUUCUGAUGUCAUGGCGAAGGUGGCUGCACAUCUGGGGGAGCCAGCAGGGGACUACCAGCACAUGGCAGAGGUUCUAGCUGACAACCAGCUGUUGGAGCAGCAGCACUGGGCUGAGGCGCUGGGAACCUUUGCCGACUAUGGCAACCACACCCAGGCGGUGGCGUUGGAGAGGGAGAGGCCCCGGCCCCCUCCUCCAGGCCAGCCCCUCCCUACCCCAAGGCUCCUGCGGGUGGUUCGCAAGCCCCCCAAGCUGCAGUUUGUGGGGGGUGCCCUUGGCUAUGUGAGCCUUUUCCCGUUGCUGUUGCAGCUGUUGCAUCCCAACUCGCCACACCUGGGCGCCCUUCUGGCAGACAUGCGCAGCGAGAAGAAGCUGUGGACCCCCUUUGGCCUGCGUUCCCUCUCACGCAGCAGCCCUUUCUACCUCAAGCACAACACUGAGCAUGACCCCCCUUAUUGGAGGGGGGCCGUCUGGAUCAACGUCAACUACUUGGUGGUGCGGGCUCUGCACCACUACAGCCGCCAGGAGGGCCCCUUCCGCAAGGAGGCCGCCACCCUGUACCAGGAGCUGCGAGCCAACCUCAUCGGCAACGUCUUUCAGCAGUACCAGGAGAGCGGCUACCUCUGGGAGCAGUACCAUGACGGCACAGGCAAGGGCCAGGGCUGCUACCCUUUCACAGGCUGGUCUGCCCUGGUGGUACUCAUGAUGGCUGAGGAAUACUAG